GGGUGGUUGGUUACUCACCAAACAAGGUGGUCGUCACGAUCUUGCUCUUUCAUCUGUUGUCGAAGCAGCCCGCACUUCUGUCCGUUCCCUCAUGGCGCCUUCCACAUUACUGGCUGUCGUGCUGUGCCUGGUCGUAUUCGUAGGAAUCGUCAUGGCACAGGACACAUGGACCACCGACUGCGACAGCGUUUGUGGGUCUGCCUGGUCAGGGAGUUGCGUUGUCGUCAACACCAGCACCAAUGUCGUUGAAUCCCCAGACAGGGUGGCGUUGGCCCGAACUUUCCACUGCUUACCUUCGACAGGAAGUUUGAUUGCCUCGCUCACCAUUAGUUCAAAUCACCAUGCAUCGUCCAUCGAUGCCGGCAGUCCGGUGUACGGCAUCCGACACAUCGGCGUGGACUGGACAAAGCUCAACGUCACCACGCUAAUUCUGCGCGGCGUCGGUGACACCGUCGUCCCCAUGGACAUCACGUUCAACUCGGCGGAUCCAUUGCUCGGCCUUUCACAUGUGUCCAUAAGCCACCUGGACGGCCUUGACCUGCCUCCUCUACCCGCGACCCUUCGAUCCCUGCAAGUCUCUGGCUGCCAGCUCACAGAAGUCCCUCCACACUUACCACCCCAGCUCACAUCCUUAGACCUCAGCAACAACUUGCUCACGUCCAUCUCCCCUCGUAUAUAUGCCCUCAAGUCCCUCACACAUCUUGACCUGUCGCAUAACCCCCUUCCGCCGCUAUCAUCCCAUGACCUAGCCUUUGUGUCGACCCUCGAGUCCUUCCACGUGGACUCUGUAGUAUCGCCCCCCCCACCGUCCAUCGUCCUCACCCCCUCCCUCUUGGCUGCCGACCCCGCUUCCCUUUCCAGUACUUCGUCGUCAAGUCUCACGUUGGUGCUUGUGGGCAUCGGCGUCGGGCUCGUGCUGCUCAUCAUGGUGUUCCUGUACGUCCUUCGGCGCCGCCACUUCUGCGAUCGGCAGCAGCGCCACGAAAACAACAACCCCCUCUCCAGCAUGGACCAGAUCUACCACACCGCGUUCACGAGCACCAAGGACCCUGCCCCCUCGAUCGUCAAGCCCCCGUCGUCGUCAUCGGUGGACUCUAUCUUCCACGCCACGGUCACAGCGGACGUCGAGCUCGGUCGGAUGCGCCUGCCGGUCGACUCGCUCGUGACCACCCGUCGGCUUGCCCACUCCCGCACCCACCUGUACGUGAUCUACCUUGGCCAGUGCGACGACACCGCCGUCGUGCUCAAGCAAGUGUCGGCCACGACAUCCGCCGACAACAUGGACACGGCGGCGCUCCACCUUAUGGACGAGAUGCGGCUGUUGGGCCGCCUCCGCCAUCCCCAUGUGGUCACGUUGAUUGGGGUUUCGUGGGACGACUUGCACGCACCCGUGGCCGCGACGGCCACUGGCGUCAUGGAGUACAUGAACCAAGGCGACUUGCGCUCCCUUCUGGAUGCUGCGCCGCUCACGUGGACCGACGCCAAGUUUGGCAUGGCGCUGCACAUCGCCCGCGCCUGCCUGUACCUGCACUCGCAUCACCCAGUGCUCAUCCAUCGCGACCUCCGCGCGCAAAACGUCCUGGUUCACCGCCGCCCCCUAGACGACUUGGACGAUUCAUUAUCGUCCUCUACAUUGCCAAAUUCGGAAGACCUGGACGAGGUAAAUGGGGAGACGAGGCGAACGAGUGGCGGUGGGUUUUUGUGUAAACUGACCAACUUCACGUCCGCGCGCGUGCGGUCGUACGUGGACACGAUGACGUCGGGCGUUGGCAGUGCCAAGUGGGUGGCACCUGAAGUGCUCCGGGGGGACGACUACUCGGAGCGCGUCGACAUGUAUUCGUUCGGGGUCGUGCUGUGUGAACUCGACACGCACGCGUUGCCGUUUGCCGACCACGCCACGGACUCUACAAGGGAAGACCAGCGGUCGCUCGUCCAAGACAUCAUGACAGGCAAGGCGCUUCCUCGGUUCUCCCCCACGUGCCCGCUGCCGAUUCUGCAACUUGCAAAGCAAUGCCUGCAACUCGAUCCGGCGAAUCGACCCACGGCGCGCGCGGUCGUGGAUACGCUCGAGAAGCUCGUGAUGGAACAUGCCUGGGGCGGGCGCAACGGCGAUGGCAUUUACGUGUGAGAGAACCAAAGACGUGAUAUGUAAAUGAUUUAUUGCGCUUCAAACACAAACACGUCGUCCAUUUCAAAGUUGGCGGGAUCGUCUUCAUCAUUGUCGGACUCGUCGUCUUCGUCGUGCUCGUCCAGGCAGAGCCGGUCAAGGCUCAGGCGGUUGUCCGUGAGCGACGAUAGGCGCUCUUGCCGCAAGGACUCGAUGGAUCGCAUCACUGCAAGGGAUGGGGAUUUGGACAGGUCGUCUGCGGUCGUGAGGGGGUGCGGGGUCUUGGUUGUGGCACGGCGCGGCAUGUGCAGAAACCCGACCUGGGCAGGACACGAGCUCGCAAACUGCACGACUGUUUCACGUCUGGAUGACAACGAUGUAGAUUCGGAAGGAAGAUUGAGUUCUGAUGGAGGAGGGGGGAGAUGCAAUGGCGGCAUGGGAUGCGCCGCCAAAAACGACGAGCUUGGAUCAGGGAGGGAUCCAAUCAACGGGGUGCGUGGAGCAGCCAUUCGAGGUUUGGACGACGAUAACGCAAGGUGCGGCGGAAGAGACAUCAAAUGACGUGGAGCAGGACACGAAUGAGCUAGCGUGGUUGUGUGGAUAUUGGCAGUGGUAGCAGUGGAAGUAGACCCUGUAGAUGAAGGCGGGUGGAUUGCAAUGGCACGACUUGCUUCUUUCGGAACAUGCACCGCGAUGAUGGUCGACGGCGACAGAGUGCUACUGCUCAUUGUGUGAUGAUGGCAGUUCUAUGAGGAGGAGGCUACGACAGCAGGGAGGUCAAAAGUCGCCGCAGAAGGGAGGGCGCGCUUGGGCUUCUGGUGCUGUUGCGCCUUCUCUUGGUAGGACGACAC